AUGGAGCUCUUACCAACAUCUUACGAUCAUGGAGCUCUUGCCAACAUCUUACGAUCAUGGAGCGCUUACCAACAUCUUACGAUCAUGGAGCGCUUACUAACAUCUUACGAUCAUGGAGCUCUUACCAACAUCUUACGCUCAUGGAGCGCUUACCAACAUCUUACGAUCAUGGAGCGCUUACCAACAUCUUACGAUCAUGGAGCGCUUACUAACAUCUUACGAUCAUGGAGCUCUUACCAACAUCUUACGCUCAUGGAGCGCUUACCAACAUCUUACGAUCAUGGAGCGCUUACCAACAUCUUACGACAGUGGAGUGCUUACCAACAUCUUACGAUCAUGGAGCGCUUACCAACAUCUUACGCUCAUGGAGCGCUUACCAACAUCUUACGAUCAUGGAGCGCUUACCAACAUCUUACGAUCAUGGAGCACUUACCAACAUCUUACGAUCAUGGAGCGCUUACCAACAUCUUACGAUCAUGGAGCACUUACCAACAUCUUACGAUCAUGGAGCGCUUACCAACAUCUUACGAUCAUGGAGCACUUACCAACAUCUUACGAUCAUGGAGCGCUUACCAACAUCUUACGAUCAUGGAGCGCUUACCAACAUCUUACGAUCAUGGAGCACUUACCAACAUCUUACGAUCAUGGAGCGCUUACCAACAUCUUACGCUCAUGGAGCGCUUACUAAGAUGCUUCCUGCCUCACCCGUUCCUCAAGCUGAACAUGUCUCAACUCACUUAUGUUAAACCUCAAGGGACUCCUACCUCUCAGUGUAGCGGCCGUGAUGGCCCAGACUGGGACAUUAUAUGGGUGACAUCGUCAGGGUCCCUCUCCUCCUCCUCCACGCCUCUUGACAGGUCCCUCUCCUCCUCCUCCACGCCUCUUGACAGGUCCCUCUCCUCCUCCUCCACGCCUCUUGACAGGUCCCUCUACUCCUCCUCCACGCCUCUUGACAGGUCCCUCUACUCCUCCUCCACGCCUCUUGACAGGUCCCUCUCCUCCUCCUCUAUGCCUCUUGACAGGUCCCUCUCCUCCUCCUCCACGCCUCUUGACAGGUCCCUCUCCUCCUCCUCCUCCACGCCUCUUGACAGGUCCCUCUCCUCCUCCUCUAUGCCUCUUGACAGGUCCCUCUCCUCCUCCUCCACGCCUCUUGACAGGUCCCUCUCCUCCUCCUCCUCCACGCCUCUUGACAGGUCCCUCUCCUCCUCCUCCACGCCUCUUGACAGGUCCCUCUCCUCCUCCUCCUCCACGCCUCUUGACAGGUCCCUCUACUCCUCCUCCACGCCUCUUGACAGGUCCCUCUACUCCUCCUCCACGCCUCUUGACAGGUCCCUCUCCUCCUCCUCUAUGCCUCUUGACAGGUCCCUCUCCUCCUCCACGCCUCUUGACAGGUCCCUCUCCUCCUCCUCCUCCACGCCUCUUGACAGGUCCCUCUCCUCCUCCUCUAUGCCUCUUGACAGGUCCCUCUCCUCCUCCACGCCUCUUGACAGGUCCCUCUCCUCCUCCUCCUCCACGCCUCUUGACAGGUCCCUCUCCUCCACGCCUCUUGACAGGUCCCUCUCCUCCACGCCUCUUGACAGGUCCCUCUCCUCCUCCUCCACGCCUCUUGACAGGUCCCUCUCCUCCUCCUCCUCCACGCCUCUUGACAGGUCCCUCUCCUCCUCCUCCUCCACGCCUCUUGACAGGUCCCUCUCCUCCUCCUCCACGCCUCUUGACAGGUCCCUCUCCUCCACGCCUCUUGACAGGUCCCUCUCCUCCACGCCUCUUGACAGGUCCCUCUCCUCCUCCUCCACUCCUCUUGACAGGUCCCUCUCCUCCUCCUCCACGCCUCUUGACAGGUCCCUCUCCUGCUCCUCCUCCUCCACGCCUCUUGACAGGUCCCUCUCCUCCUCCUCCACGCCUCUUGACAGGUCCCUCUCCUCCUCCUCCACGCCUCUUGACAGGUCCCUCUCCUCCUCCUCCACGCCUCUUGACAGGUCCCUCUCCUCCUCCUCCACGCCUCUUGACAGGUCCCUCUCCUCCUCCUCCACGCCUCUUGACAGGUCCCUCUCCUCCUCCUCCACGCCUCUUGACAGGUCCCUCUCCUCCUCCUCCACGCCUCUUGACAGGUCCCUCUCCUCCUCCUCCACGCCUCUUGACAGGUCCCUCUCCUCCUCCUCCACGCCUCUUGACAGGUCCCUCUCCUCCUCCUCCACGCCUCUUGACAGGUCCCUCUCCUCCUCCUCCACGCCUCUUGACAGGUCCCUUCUCUCGCUCGUCUGUGGCAAGCCUCAAGUCUUAUAA